AUGCAAAGUGCUCCAGAUGGCGACUACAAGUUUAUUUUUGUUUACCAGGAUCACCUCACAAAAUUCGUCUCGUUGGGGGCUCUGAAGACAAAAACGGCAAAAGAAGUAGUCGACAACAUCGUAUCGAUUUUUGGAACCUUUGGUGGUCCCCAAAUUCUUCAGACAGACAAUGGCAGAGAGUUUGCAAAUAAACUCUUGGAAGAAGCCGUCGCUCAAUGGCCUGGUUGCAAGAUCCUUCACGGGAAACCGCGCCAUUCGCAGUCACAAGGAAGUGUAGAACGAGCAAACGCGGAUAUCGAGGAUAUCUUGAGGGUUCAUCAAAGAGAAACAAAAACUACCGGGUGGGCCCGAUUUUUGCCCCUGAUUCAAUAUCGUAAAAACAUCAGAUUUCAUUCCGGUAUUGGACGUAGCACAUAUGUUGCAAUGUUUGGACGAGGCUACAACGAUUACUUAGGAAGAAGUUGUCAGACGUUUCGUCAGACGACGACGAAAUCCAGCAAACAAGUGUCUACAAGGAGGAGGAGGAGGAGGAGAAAACGCUUCAGGAAGAUAAUUCUACACAGUGGUGUUGAGAAAUUUCCUGAAUUCGCAAAUCAGGGGAAUAAUGACGCCGACUUUCAACUUGAGAUUGUUGCUCCAGUGCUUGGUGUUCAAAAAGAUGAGGAGCAAGCGGAAAUCGAUUGUCUACACGAUUCGAUUAUGAUGGAAAGACAUGGAGCCCAUUCUGCUCAAAAGAAUCAGGCACGAAAGAUGCUUCACGCCAGUGAACAAAAUUUGCACCAAUUGAUGUUGGACAAAAUGUUU